GAUAAACCGAUAGCAGCAAAGGAAAUUUUCGAGAUUUACACCGGCUACGAUGAUUGCUUAAAAGACAAGGUGAAGCGGAUUUAUAGCUAGCAAUCGGUUGUGAUUGGUCAAAAAUAAAUCAAGUACCUCGAUGAUUGGCUUACACUGCUUGUCGUCAGUCUGCUUUCACCGGAAGUGAAACCGGAGCUAGCGUUUCGCUAACACAAAGCAAAGUCCGAGAUGUCUGACAGUGACGGACCGCCACCGGAACCCGCAGGCCUGGAAGGUCUGCCGCCACUCUACAGCAUUUCCAAGGGGGAAGUGGUCUCCGUGCAGAAUUAUGGCGCUUUUGUCCGCCUGCCAGGCUACAAAAAGGAAGGUCUGGUACACGUAAGUGAGAUGUCAGCCACGCGUAUCGAGAGCGCUGCAGAAAUUGUCGACGUGGGAGAGAAAGUGUGGAUUAAAGUCAUUGGGAGAGAGAUAAAUGGCGAAAAGAUCAAGCUGUCCUUCUCCAUGAAAGCUGUCAAUCAGGGAACCGGCCGGGACUUGGACCCCAACAACGUUAUGGCAGAGCAGGACGCGAGGCGGCGGAGGCAGUUCCGAGACCACACGGGCAACAGGAUCACGCUCGAGGCCGUACUCAACACCACCUGCGCGAAAUGUGGCUGCAAAGGCCACUUCACAAAAGACUGCUUCUCAGCACCCGGCUUGCAGUACGCGCUUGUGCCGGAAGAGGGCGACGAAGAGCCACAGCAGCGGCAACAGCAGCAGACAUCUGCCGCUGCGCCGCAGAAAGACAAAGACAAGAAGAAGAAGAAAAAGAAGGAGAAGAAGACGAAGAAGAAGAGGAAGCGAGAGAGGAAGGAGUCGGACAGCGACGGCAGCGGCAGCGACGGCGGCGAGUGCAAACCCAAGAGGCGAUGUCACGAGCGAGACGACGACAACAAGCACAAGAAGAAACACAAGAAACACAAAUCGCACAAGCACAGCUGAGACGCACGCACGCACGCCAAACGGCCGCCACAGCGGUGAGGACUGCUUUUUGUUUGAAGUUUAGGAGUAUUUUAAUGUUUUUUUUUUUAACCAUUUUUAUUUGUUUGUUGUGUUGCUGACUACAUAACCUUCAGGUUCUAAAACGUUUGGCUUCAGUUCCUGGAAUUUAAACCUGACCUAAAACCAAAGAGGUAUUGGAACUUUUGUUUCUGGUACCUUCAGUUACAUCGACUUAAAGGUCCCCGGAAGUGAAAGUAGUUUUAGCCACAUUUCCAUCUAAAGUUCCAGGAACUUCAGGUUCUGGGAAUUUUUGGUUCCAAGGACUAAAAGCAAAUUUCUGUAAAUGUAUGGUUGUCUGGGGCCAAAAGCUCCCCAGAAGCAAAGUUAUCCAUUGCAUUUCCACCGAAAAGAAAUUCUGAUUCUGGGUACUUUGCAGUCUGAGGACCUUUUAGUCCCUGGAACAUAAAGCACCCAUUUCAUGACCACCUUAAAUUGCGGGAUUGAGAGGUUCUGGGUAGUUUUUCUUGGUUCCAGGGACUAAAAAGCUCCCAAAUUUUUGUGAAGUUUUAUUUCUCCCUGCUUCACUAGAACCAAAAGUACCCAUAGUAGUUCCACUUAAAGUUUGGGGAACUUCUGGUUCUGGUACGUUGCAGUCCGACUUUAAGUCCCUGCAAACAAAUGUCCCUGGAACUGAAAGUACCCAUUGCGUAUCAACCUAAAGACUAAAGAACUUCUGGUCUUUAGCCACAUUUCCAAAUAUUAAAAAAGUUCAGGAAACUUCUGGUUCUGAGUAUUUUUUUUGGUUCCUGGGACUAAAACCCCCCGCCCCCAAAAUUUCUUCUGGUUCUUCUGGGCUAAAAGUUCCUCAGCAAAAAAGUACCCAUUGCACCCACAGUGAGAUUAUAUUAAGUUUUAAGUUAGAUUUGAUGUUUGUUUUAUGAUUUUUUAUGUGACUGACGAGACAAAACGCACACAUCCUCCAUUUUGUUAUCUGGCCACUUGUAACCAGAUAGCUGGAAGCAAUAUGGCGGGAAGUGAACGCCCCGCCUCCCAUGAAUAGAAAUCCUCAUCUAGUUUUACGAUUCUCUGCUUUCUGAUGUUUGGGGACAGUAAAAAAAAUAAAAAAUAAAAAAAAGACCACACACACAGGAAGCUGUAAAGGCACAAACAGGAAGUGUAGUGUGGCCGAUAGCCACGUUUCCUCUGUGUUUUGACUCAGGGCUCUUUUGAAUUCAACUAUUUGGAGGUUAAACCAGGGCAAAAAAAAAAAAAAAAAAAAAAAGACUAUUCUUCUCCUGUCAGUUUAAAAGAGGGCGAGAGAAAAAAAAAAAAAAAAGAUCAUUUCCAGAUGUUGCAGAGUACGUUUGGCAAGAUGCGUUUUAAAAACUCCUUGUUUGAGGAUGGGGGGGGAAAAAAAAAAAAAAAAAAAAAGCCUGUUGGGACAUGGAAGAAGAAUUUGGAGCAGUGCAGUUGACAUAAUCUGACAACUCAAGACAAAAGAAAUUGUCGCAGCGACAGCUCGUAUGUUGGAAAGCCCGCAAGUUGAGGCAGCACUCUGCAGCAAUGAGCCUUCUGGCAUUUGUCCUGCGCAAAAAAUGAGGACAAAGACAUGUGGGAAUAGAUCUUCGAGAGUGGAAUCGGAAUCCAGAGUGUCCAGCUGCGAUAAAAGGAGGGGAACGGGUGGAAUGGCGCUUGCGUUCAUUAGCGUUGAGCGAGUUGGCCUUCCCCAUCCUGACAGGCAGGAAGUGGAUUUCCCAGAAUGCCAAUUACGGAUGUGCGAUGCGGAUGCGUGUUGGUGUGGCAAAGCCUCGCUCAUUGCGGGGGAUAACCCGCGAUAAUAAAUGGUUUUGAUCCCCGAUAGCAUAGUAUGCCAUGAUUGCCGAAAAUGUAAUAAGUUGCUAUCAUAACAAGAAAUAAAAAGUGUAUGGCC